GGGGAGGGGCCGGGCUGGGGGCGCGUCCCGUCCAGUCCCCACGGCCUCGGCGCGUCCUCUGCGCACACCCAGUCCCGGCCUCCUCCCGCCCCCACACGCAGCCCGAGGGGCCUCAGCUUUUCCACCAGUGCUUUCUGAUCCUUGAGGCGAACUUUUAGGCGAGGAGGUGGAAUAAGGAAGGCUGGGAGGUGCCUGCGCUCCAGCCCUCCCUGCCCGGGACCCAGCCGGACUGGGCAGUGAUCCCGCGCCUGCUUCGGCUCCAACCAUGGCCCCCGAGAGGGGCUGACACUUCAGUUCCCGCUGCAGGUGAGAGCCCACCCGGAGAAAGGAGGAAGGAGGCGCGAGCGCGGGAUUCGGCGGCGGAGCCGACCCCCAGCCCCCGAGAGAGGGAUCCCGGCUGGGGCGGGGGCCUGAGAGUGCGCCCGCCGCGAUCAGCCAGAACCGCAAGAUGCCCGUGCUGAAGCAGCUGGGAUCCGCGCAGCCCAAGAAGCGCCCGGAGCGCGGCGCCCUGUCCAUCUCCGCGCCGCUCGGCGACUUUCGGCACACGCUGCACGUGGGGCGCGGCGGUGACGCCUUCGGGGACACCUCCUUCCUGAGCCGCCACGGCAGCGGGCCGCCCCCCGCGGGGGCUCCGCGCGCUCCGCCGGCGCCCGCCGCUCCGCAGCUCCCGGCGCCUGCCCUCCGCGCGCCCGCGCCCGCAGACCCGCUGCUGUCCUUCCACCUGGACCUGGGCCCCUCCAUGCUGGACGCGGUGCUGGGCGUCAUGGACGCGGAGCGUCCGGGCGCAGCUGCCGCCAAGGCCGACCUGGACGCUGGCUCCGGGACUCAGCACCCCAGGGCCCGCUGCCACCUCGAGCUGGACGACGUCGUCGGCCUGUAGCCGCCCUCCCCGCGCGUCUCCCCACUUCUUUAUACAUAAAUGGCCCAGGUCUGUGCCGUG